AUGGCGUUUUCUUUGUCCUCGCCGUGUGGGCCCCUUUUUGACGAAGGGGAAGACAUGGCUGUCUUUGAGUCCACAGCAGCAGACUUCAGAGAAUCAAGCAGAGCACGUUUGAUUGAGCUCUCGGUCAUUUCACCGGGAAUCGACCCACGGCCUUCUACCAUGGGUCAGAAAGUGGCUACGAACCCUGCAAUGAUGAGUCAAGGCAGCGGUGACAAAGGGGAUACGGAGAGGGUGAAAGUCUUCCUCCGCAUUCGUCCCCUUACAGAGGUGGAGAGAGAGAGGGGCGAAGAUCAGGAAUGUGUGAACAUACAAGAUGAAGAGACUUUGCUGCUCAAAGCUCCCAAGUGCUCACAAAACAUGAAGAUGGCAGAGAAGGGCAUCACUCAGAGCAUGCACAAGUUCACUUUUUCCAAGAUUUGUGGACCAGAGACAACCCAGCAACAAUUUUAUGACUGUACAAUGAAGGAGAUGGUCAAAAAUGUUCUUCAGGGGGAAAAUAGACUGCUUUACACUUAUGGCGUCACCAAUUCUGGAAAGACUUACACUAUUCAAGGGACCGGUCGCGAUGCAGGCCUCUUACCCCGUGCCAUAGUGUCCCUGUUCAGAACAUUGCAAGGUCGUCUCUAUGACGCCAUGGACCUGAAGCCCGUCUUGUACCACGAUGUGAGACAUCUUGAGCCAUCUGAGAUCAGAGUGGAGGAAAUGCGCAGAAACUCUCUGCUCAAAGAGGAUGAGAACUCUCAUCGUGCUGGUAAUACGUCAACAUGGGAUAGUGGUGUUGGACUCUCUACUACCAGUCACAUUGCUACACAACUAGAAGACUGUGACAGCGUGUGUCUGGAGCCAAACAGCCUGUCACAUAGCAGUGGAGACAACCUGGAGGCAGGACUGCAGUUCUCCAUUUGGGUAUCCUUCUAUGAGAUCUACAACGAGUUCCUGUAUGACUUACUCGACGUUGCGCCCUCGAUGCAGCCCAGAAAGAGGGUCACACUUCGGCUGAGCGACGAUAAACACGGGAAUCCUUAUGUGAAGGACCUCACUUGGGUCCAGAUCCGCAGUGCAGAGGAAGCUUGGAAGAUAGUGAGAGCCGGACGUCGUAACCAAAGUUUUGCUAGGACCCACCUUAACCAAAAUUCCAGUCGUAGUCACAGCAUUUUUUCCAUCCGUGUCCUGCACAUUCGCCCAGAAGCUGAUUCUGGUCAGAAUAUGCGCAUCAGCGAACUGACCCUCUGCGAUCUUGCUGGGUCAGAACGCUGCAAAGAGCAGCGAAAUGCUGAACGGAUGAAAGAAGCUAACAACAUCAACACCUCUCUCCUUACCCUGGGGCGCUGUAUUUCUGCUCUAAGGCACAACCAGAUCAACAAGUCACGUCCCCCUGAAGUGGUCCCCUUCAGGGACAGCAAGCUAACACGCGUACUCCAGGGGUUCUUCUGUGGCCGAGGAACAUCCUGCAUGGUGGUCAACAUCAACACAUGCGCCUCCAUUUAUGACGAGACUCUCCAAGCCCUCAAAUUCUCGGCUAUUGCUUCCCAACUGGUGCACGCGCCCUCCACAAAAACUAGAGUGGCCUAUAUUUUGUCUCUGCUGCGUGAGCCGGCCGCCAAGAACGACAGUAUUGUGUUAGAAGAGGAUGCUGAUGAAAGCGAUAUGGAAGAGGCCGAUAUCACUAUGUUGGAUACCGAGUCUUUGCUGCGGGCCAUUGAGAUCCUGGAGCGAGAGGUGAAGCGUCAAAGGGAAGAAAAAGAAGUGCUCGAGGCUAACGUGAGAGAGCAAGUCAUCUCUGAGAUGAUGGCUGUCAUUACCAAAAUGCAAGAUGAUUUCAGUGAAACCUUAGAGGUCCAGAAGGCUCUCAUUGAAGAACGCUGCGAGGACAAAAUAAACAACCUGCAGAAACAUUUGAAGCAGUUCUACUUGCAAGAGUUAAAGGAGCGAGAUGAAGAAAUUGAAGAACUGGCUGGUGCCCUGAAGAAGAAGAUGGCUGCUGAGGCGUGCACCAGCUCUGCACCCCAGGAAGACCAGGAGGGGCUGCGGCGGUCUCAUCGCCUCAGCACACAGAAAGAACACACCCUGCACGCAGAGCUCGAACAGUGUCGUGCGCAGCUACUUAGCAAGACGCAUGAAGUGUCACGGCUGAUGAUCCAGUUGAAAGCGCCAGGCUCGGCGGGCACCAAUGCUGCCAACCGCAAGCUGGAAGAAGGACAAAGAAAUCUGCGUCAGCUGCGCUUGGAUCUACAGAAGCUCGGUUCAGACCUGCAGUCUGGCGAGCGGGCUUGUUGCCGGAACACAGGAGGUGAGAGGUUGCGGCAGGCUUUGGCUACGGCAGAUGAAACUCUAAUCAAACAGGACCAGAUCCUGGUGGAGCUGCAGAACGGCUUGACGCUCGUCAAGGCCGACUUGAGGCGUAAGGCCGAGACUCCGACUCAGCCACAGAGUGGCCAGCCUCUUCCCCGCCUUGGCUUUGCCACACCGGGUUCUUGCAAGAAGCGGGGAUGUGGCAACAUGAUGGCUAAUGACUCUGAAAAUAGGGUUCCUCAGAAAAAGCCCUUUUAUCACGCUUUGUUCCCCACUUGCACACCGGGCCGGAAAUACAACACACGCAAUGCCGCAGACACCAACUUAACCCCUUACUCUCGAAUCCUGAGGUCACGCCAGCAGUCUCCGCCUCGGAGCCCGAUCCUCACUCCUCGCACGCGUCGCGGCAAGUAUUGA